CUUCCCUGACAUUCCUCGCCUCAGCGGAUGGGGCCGUAAGUGAUGUUGGUGGCCGCGGUGGCAAGAAGGAGGAGGACCCGGUUUCUUGGCGCUGCUGCUGCUGCUGCUGCCCGUGCGCGAUGAGGGCUCCCUGCUGCCGCCGCCCGCGGAGGGGCCUCCCGUUCCCCCCCUUCCUCCUCUUCCUCUCGUUCCUCCUGGUGGGAGCGAGGCCCGGCUGGGCCCUGCAGAAUGUCACGCCCCAGCUCUUCGGGAACCAGGCCUACGGGACGCUGGCCGCCUUCGGGGACUUCAACUCCGACAAGCAGACGGACCUUUUCGUGCUGAGGGGAGAUGGUGAAUUAAAUAUUUUCCUGGCAGACCAAAAAGAACCCUAUUUUAAGCCCAAAGUCAAAUUAUUAUUAACAAAUGUGGUGAUAACCAGUGUGGUUCCUGGUGAUUAUGAUGGUGAUUCACAAAUGGAUGUCCUCCUGACAACUCGUCCUCAAAAACAACCUAAUGCUGACCUAUCAGUUUUAAUUUUCUGGGGAAAUAAUCAAACUUUAGAUAUAAAUCGUAAGUUUGUACUAAAUAAAACAUUUCAUGAUGAGCCACUAAUCAUGGAUUUCGAUGGUGACUUAAUUCCUGAUGUAUUUGGAGCUACAAGUGAUUCUGACAAGCCACAGGUACUGCUUGGCAGGAAUUUAUCAUGGCACAUAGCUCUGGACACACAGAAGAAGUUGUACACACCUCACUCCCAUGCAUUCAUUGAUCUGAAUAAUGAUUUCACUGCAGAUUUGUUUCUUACAACAUUAGCACCAUCUGAUGAAAUUCAGUUUGAAAUCUGGGUUAAUCAGGAUGGGAAUUUUUCCAAAGCUACACAUAUGAAGAGGAAACCCAAAGAUGUAAAAGUUGUUGGGCAAUCAGUGUUCGCUGAUUUUGAUGGUGAUGGACAGACUGAGCAUUUGCUGCCAGCCUGUGCUGAUUCAGCUUGUCAGAAGAGUGUCAUCUACCUAUCUAAACCAGGAUUGGAUUUGUGGUUUCCAGUGUUGCAAAACUUCACAUACAAAGGCACCGUCUGGGGCUUUGUUCCGUAUGAUUCCGCUCAGACCAACUUUUCCUUCCCAAUCACCCUUCACAUUGGAGAUUAUAACAUGGAUGGCUAUCCAGACGCACUUGCCAUACUGAAGAAUACAUCAGGAAGCAACCAGCAAGCUUUCCUGCUGGAGAAUGUCGAGUGCAAUGAGGCAAGCUGCGCGCGUGCACGGCGUAUGUUUAAGGUCUACUGGGAGCUCUCGGAUCUGAAUCAGAUCAAAGAUGCUGUGGUGGCAACCUUCUUUGACAUUUAUGAAGACGGAAUCUUGGAUAUUAUUGUCCUCAGCAAGGAUAGCACAAAGACAGAGCUUGACAUCCACACAUUAAAAAACAACUUUGAAGCUGAUGCCUAUUUUGUUAAAGUCAUUGUACUCAGCGGUCUUUGUUCCAAUGACUGUCCUCGAAAGAUAACUCCCUUCGGUGUGAAUCAACCUGGACCUUACAUUAUGUAUACCACAGUGGAUGCCAAUGGAUACUUGAAAAACGGUUCAGCGGGACAACUGAGUCAAUCAGCACAUUUUGCCCUCCAGCUCCCAUAUAAUGUGCUAGGCUUGGGACGCAGUGCUAAUUUUCUUGAUCACUUGUAUGUGGGCAUUCCUCGCCCAUUAGGUGAAAAGUCUAUAAGGAAACAGGAAUGGACAGCCAUCAUCCCAAACUCCCAGCUGAUCGUCAUUCCAUAUCCUCACUACCUCCCUCGAAGCUGGAGUGCCAAGCUGUACCUAACCCCAAGUAACAUCGUAUUGCUGACAGCUAUUGCCCUAAUUGGGGUCUGUGUCUUCAUCCUGGCAAUAAUCGGCAUACUUCACUGGCAAGAGAAGAAAGCAGAUGACAGAGAGAAAAGGCAAGAAGCCCAUCGGUUCCAUUUUGAUGCUAUGUGAUGCACCUUAAUAUGUUGAUGGAGGACGUGCUGCACAUUUGCUUGGUGUCAAAUACUGUAUUCGAGCCUGCGAGGGCCAAGGGGGGAGGGUAUUGUUCCUGUGCUAUAUGUAAAUGUUGCAUUGGUUUUAAUUUAUUUGUAAAGUGUUAAAAUCAAGCCUGUUUCACAUGGCCCUCCAAUAAUUGGUUGUAUAUAUACUGACAGCCGUUUUCUCUUUAUUUUUUAAAAAAGCUGUAAGAUCUGCUUUAAUAAUGGAUCAUACUGCAUGUGUUCAAUUGUUUGCAUAUCCUCACUUUCUUCUGUACAAUGACUCAUGAAAAGGAAGUCGUAUGUAAAUUUCAGAAGUGAGUUUUGGUGAGCAAAAUCCCCGUUAGUGCUACUUGAAUAAGACUUGUCACUUACACAUUCCCCAAAUGUGAAUUGCAUUUUUUAUAAUUGUCAGAUGAGAGAAGACAUCUCAUGCUAUUCUGACUGUCCUCCAGGGUGUUUGAUCUGUAGUGCUCUGGGUUGCUCAGCUUUGUAUGAAUCUUCGCAGCCAAUCAAGUGAGAGGAAAGGCUGUAAAUUGGAAGAUACAAACACCCUAAUAAGAAAAGGAAACUGAUCACAAUGUCCAUUAAUAUAUUAAUAUUUUUAAGAGGGAAGUAUAUAAUUCAACUUCUAUUUUAAAUUAUGCCUUCCUAAAGUGGAAUAAUUUUGCAUGGCCUACUCAUGGUUACCAUGUAAUUGCACUAAAGCUUAAUCAUGAUAAAAGUUGACCAAUAAGGUGAAGUUAUUGGGGAAGGAAUAGGGAGAGAAUCCACCAUGGAAAAAUAUGUUGUAUGAUCUUUCCAAAUUCAUUUAUAAUCAAAGGCUGGACUGUGCUGUAUUUUCAUUUAAUCAUACCAAACCAAUUAUUAUUUUUGCAUUUGGCAUGAAUAAGAAAAAAAAGAGAAUUCCAGCUAAGUUUAAGAAGCAAAUCAUUUUCCAAAAAGAGGAGGUCUGGGCUUUUUUGUUAAACAGAUUCUGUUGGAAACAUACUUUGUAUAAUGCGGUUGUUCCUUUAUUCUUAGAGAUUUAUUUAUAAUUGACCAUGAUUUGAAAACUGUUGUCCUGCAUUCCUAAUAAAUGGCAUCUAUUAAGUUAAA